AUGAGCUGUGCUGGUAAUAGAGUCUUUAUAAGACUGGGAAGUAAAUCAGUUCUGGAGACGAAGAUUGGAGCAACCAGACGAAGUGCCACCCGACUCGCAGCAGUGCAGGAGCUCCGACCUCGAUACUUGAGCAUCUCAUCUCAGGCGCAUCGCUAUCAUCGUCGCGUCUUAAGUACUCAGUCUCGGAAUCACAGUAUUUCUUCUUCAACAAGAUUUCGAGCUAUGUCCCGACGUGUCCCAAUUGAGUCGCAACAGGUCGACGCCCCUCUGACCUGCUCAGCAACCUUCCUCGUACUCUCCGCAACUCCAACCCCCGAAUCCAUCAAAACAAUCCGCUCCGUCCUCUCCGGCAUCAGCGGCCUCGCCAAAAAUGUCGCAAUUCGAGAUUUGAAUGCCUCAUUCGCAUGCACAGUCGGCAUCGGAUCCUCAGUCUGGGACACCAUCACUGGACUCCCUCGUCCUUCCGAAUUGACACCCUUCAAGGAAGUCAAAGGGAAGACGCACACGGCGCCUUCCACUCCUGGCGAUUUGCUCUUCCACAUCCGGUCUGAGCGGAGGGAUCUGAAUUUCGAGUUCGAGAGACAGCUUAUGGAUUUGCUUGGAGACUCCGUGAAAGUCGAAGAUGAGACGACCGGCUUCAGGUAUUUCGACGUGAGAGAUCUUCUAGGCUUUGUAGACGGCACUGCCAACCCAGUUGGUCAAGCUGUCACAGAAUCAGUGUUGGUUGCGCAGGAAGAUGUGUCUACUGAGAGCGGGACUGCCCAAGUGGGAGGAAGUUACAUUGUCGUGCAGAAAUACCUGCACAAUCUCAAGUCCUGGCGCGGUCUCAAGACAGAGCAACAAGAAGCUGUGAUUGGACGUACGAAGCUGGAUAACAUCGAGCUAGACGAUGCACCUGAGGGUCAGCAAAUGAGCCAUAAGAGCUUGGCCACUGUUGAGGAUGCGGAGGGGAAUGAGCACGAUAUCCUGAGGGAUAAUAUGCCGUUUGGGAGUCCUGGGAGUGGAGAGUACGGAACUUAUUUCAUUGGGUAUUCGAGGCGGCUGUGGGUGGUUGAGAAAAUGCUGCAGAGAAUGUUUAUUGGUGUGCCGGAGGGGAUGCAUGAUCGGAUUUUGGAUUAUUCAACUGCUACGACCGGGAAUGUGUUCUUUGCGCCGAGUGCAAGUCUUUUGGAGGGUUUAGGGGAUGAUUGA